GACUGUCGGACUCUCUCGAACUCCCUUGAUCUUCGCCUGCCAAGCCGCACGACUUCAAGGAGCGUCUCCGCUUCUAUUCUUCAAGUUAUCAUGCCCACUAUAACCAAUGCCAAUCACCAAUCAGUGCUCUUUCUUACUCUGCCCCAAAACCUAAGCUACCUCUAAGGUGGCAGGUGGCAAUGAUUGCAUUCACGUGCAUGUGCACAUUCGGAAAUCAUUGGUCUAACGGUCUCAUUACAACUAUGAAGACAACGAUCGAGAAAACACUCGAGAUCAACAAUUCCGAAUUUGCUACGCUUGUAUCUGUGACAAAUCUGGUCAACACCUUCCUCUGCAUCGCCCUCGGCUUCGUUAUCGACAAAUUUGGAGGCCCACUCAUGUCUGUCAUACUUACCGCAUUUCAUCUUGCGGGCGCUGCCGUGGAGGCCGGCGCAACGACAAAUGGACUCAAUAGUUAUCAUGUCCUGAUGGCGGGCAAGAUCAUUGCAGCUAUUGGUGACGGAUCCCUAGAUAAUGCGCAGCACAAAAUCUUCGCCGCAUAUUUUGCGCCGGGAAACGGUUUCGGGGUGUCCAUAGGCAUCAUAUGGUCGAUAGCAAAUCUGGCUCAAUAUGUCGGGCAGAGCACCGCGAACGUGAUGUCCGAAAACCUUGGCUCAUAUUCAUGGCCUCUCUGGAUAAGCGCAAUAAUAAGCCUUUUCUCUCUUCUCAGCGCUAUUUGCAUUUUCGUCCUUGAUAAAUACCUUCGUUCUCAUUACGAGGUCGUCGAUUACUCCAAGCGGGUCGGCCAGCCAAGUGCGGGUAGCAUUAAGACUGGAACAUUUAAUUGGCCGGCCGUGCGCCAGAUGCCGUUUACGUUCUGGUUUAUGAUUCUUUUUGCAACCUUUGAAAACGCUGGUGUGCAGUCAUUUGUGUCGAUAUCCACGCAAUUUGCGCAGCAAAGACUCAAGAAAGGAGCUAUAGUUGGCGGAUGGGUGUCGAGUUUUUACUUGCUUCUUCCUGUUGGACUUACCCCUUUAGAGGGCGUGUUCAUCGAUGCAUACGGGCAUCGCGUGACUAUUCUGUUUCUCUCAGGAUGUAUGUUCCUCAUCUCCAUGCUACUGUUGAGAUUUUCUGAGACAGUGCCGACAUUUGUUUGCGCAUAUAUAUUUUAUGCGUUUGCUCAGAGCUUGACGCCAGCUCCGCAAGUGGAGAUCGUGCGCAGCAUUAUACCGGAUCCUCACUACUACGCAACGGCCUUUGCUAUCACAGAAUCGGUUGUUCAGGGCUCCAUUGUCAUCAUCGUGACGGCAGCUGGGAAGCUCCAAGACCUUUCCCCCAACGACUCGCUCGAGAGUGCCGUGACGGUCUGGCUCGUAUACGCGUUUGCCUGCGUGCUUGUGUCAGGUGCAUUGCUGGGUGCCUGCUAUACGUCAUUCGGAAAGAGGUAUCUACCUGCCGCGCGGCUCUCAGAGGUACGCCCAAAGAAUCUGGCAAGGGAAGUUGAGAGGCUUUGGGAGCUACGUCCGCAUACGGCAACCGAGGAAGGCAAGCGGGACGAGAACGCAACGCCGAAGCAGAAGGAAGUGGCGUUGAAAAGCCCUGUUCCAGGCUCUGUAUCUUUGUAUGCGCGCUGGGUAGCAAUUGGGGCCGGGUUCAGCAUAGUCCUCAUAGCUUGGGUGAUAUUUGGCUUCGGCGUUGAGUGGGGUGUACACGGGAGUGUUGUUGCCGGAACUACGGGGGAAUGAAGGAAGUGGACUGACAGUACACAAACGAGAGCAUAAGUAGCUUCUCCUUACACAAUUGCAGCAUCGUAUUGUCCGCAGUCCGCAGAAUUCGACAUCAAAGUUUGGGGCGAACGCUAGUUUACGAACCGUUGCUCACCUGUACAGGGAGAGGCACGUGGGCCUGGAAAAGCAAGAGCUCUGGGCAGGUGUCACGUGGCGGGCAACUGCUGUGGGCGAGAACAAGAAACGCUGACGGCGGUAGAGCAUCGUAUUGAUCUGUUUAUCCUGAAACCAAACUUAGACACAUAACUUCGU